AUGAAGGCAGAAUCUUCAACAGUUACUGUCUCUGAUAUUACACUCGUCAAAUUCAAUGAACUUUACUCAAAACAUAAGGAAACUCUUUCAUGUCCAUGUUCAAAAAUCAGUAUGCCUUAUAAAACUUUUGUUUCCAAUACAAUCAAACAUCAUCCUGUUUGUAAGAGUAUUUUCGUGAAUCAAUCAUGGAUUGAAGCAUUGUAUUUAUUAAAUGCAAGUCAAUAUGGAGUGUGGGAUUUUCGAACAACAGCUAGUUUUCAGUUUGCACUUUUGUCUGAUUUUUGUUCAAUCACUCAAGAUGCAAUUUUUCAAAUUGAAAAUGAUGUUGGAAACAAUGAUUUUAUUACAACUUAUCUUCUUACUGACACACAAAUUCACUUCGAAGUGAAUAGUACAACGGAAUCUUUCAAAAACAGUGCAUCUGCUCGAAUAAUUAUGUUCUUGAACUAUUUAAGAACAACUGUACGAGAAAAUUAUUUAGUGUCAGCUCUUAAUACAAAUUUAAUAACUGGAAUAUCCUCCAAUUCUAAUAAUAUGAUUCAUGUAGCUGCAUUCCCAGUAUACUAUAAGUCUGCAAGUGGAAACAGUGUGUCCUGCAAUCAAGGUAAUCCAACUAGUGCAGCUACUCUCAAUCCACUGUUAAAUGGUUCGCUGACUGUCAACCGUAUACCGAGAUUUGAAUCUAUGCCAAAUUCUACAAUUGUCAGUGGAUUCUUUGCAGCAUGUACUCCUCUUGAAGCUCUUCUUCAAAGUACACUUGAUUGUUUAUAUGAAAACGAGUGUCUACAAUUAUUAUCCAAUUAUUUUCCAGCUCUUAAUCAUAUGGGCGUUAAUUGGACCGAUUUUCUUCUGACUUCGAAACAACAAAAUCUUUCUGUGAGCGAUUAUUUCAAUAAUCUUUUUAUUGAAGAAUGGUUGACAAAUAUAAACUAUUCAAAAUAUUUUAAUGAAUGUCAUCCUUCAGCAUGUACAUACACGGCAACAGAUCGAGCUGCUUUCACUUAUGCAAUUACUCUUUUCAUUAGCCUCUAUGGUGGUCUCGUGAUAAUACUUCGUUUAAGUGCAUCACUUUUGGUAAAUGUCUCAUUAAAAUUCAAAUAUCGUCCAAGAAACAUACGUAUGCAUUUCGGUUCAAUUAUUGUGCUUCUUCUCUUCACUUCAUUGAAUACUCAAACAGCUACGGUGACUAUUCCAAAUCCGUCAUUAGAUAUGUAUAAAAAUUUACAAACGCUACACUCAACUACACCCAAUUGUCCUUGUUCGACUAAGACUAUCUCGUAUCGUUCAUUUGUUUCAUUAUCUCCAGUAUUGCAUCAAGUGUGUUCAAGUGGUUUUGUUACUGAUGAUUGGGUUGCAUUAUUAAAAAGAAGCACCACUAAAGAACAACCUAAUGAUUGGCGUAAUCGAGCUGGAGCACAAUUCCAAUUGUUGUCUGACUUUUGUCGACUGGCUAAUAAAACGAUUGAUGAUAGUAUUGAUCGCUUUCUAAAGAAGUUCUUUAUCGCUUCAACUGUAUUUAAUGAAAUCGAUUUCAAUACACAAUUAAAUUCUUCAGAACGACGUUGUACGUCUUUUGUUGCAAGUCGAUCAGCCUUAUAUGGGAUCGCUACUGAUGGCAAACUUAAACUGGUAUUAUUUACUUUACCUAGUAUUCCAGAAAGUAAUUCGACAGUGCUCACCUGUAUUUGUGCAACUAAUCCUCAUUGUCGAGCUUUAAACAUCAUUUAUACUCAAACAUCCAUUCAUGGUAUCUAUGUCUCUUAUGUAAUGCCAUCUUCUAUUAGAGGUUGCCUAAAUAGUGAUUCUCUACUGCUCUCAACCUUACAAUGUUUGUAUGCAGAUUCAGAUUGUUUCCUAAUUCUACUUAGUCACUUUAAAAAGUUCUAUAGUUCCAGUGAGUUGAAAUUAUCGUUACAUGAUAUUAGUCCUUUAAUCAAUGAUCCAACACGGAGUCGUUUUCCUCCAAAUACUUUAGUUUCAACUAUAUUUAAAGAAAUGAUGGUGGAACAAUGGAGUGAAUCUUCGUCAUACAAGAACUUUUACGAAUCAUGUGCACCGAUUCAUUGUACAUAUUCUGAAAAAAUUCGUACGAAGACUAUUGAGGGAAUAAUGUUAGCAUUGAUGUCUGUGAUUGGUGGACUUGUUGUCUCACUACGUCUUAUCACACCGUAUCUUGUCCGAUUUUUCUAUCACUUAUGGGAAAAGAUCAACAAAAGACAACAAAACCAACAGCAAGACGAACAAGUUCAUGGAAACUGUUGCGAUCGAUUCAAAGUAACCAUGAGGAAUGUGAUCAAACUUUUAUAUACCACUCUCAUCAAUCUAAACAUAUUUUCGUUGAGUGAUAUUGGUAGUAAUGUUGAUCCGAUAAAAGCUAAACGUCUUGGUCGAUGGGCAACUCGUCUGUACAUUGCUUUAUUCAUCGGUGGUCUUAGUAUUCUUACUGUAUAUAACGUAAUUCAACCACAAAUGAUGACGAAAACUUUUGAUAAACCGUCUUUCAAUGUUUACAAUGAUCUGAAAAAGCUUUAUGGUGAUGAAUUAAAAUGUCCAUGUUCAGUAAUUGCAUCAGUAUAUAGUCGAUUUAUAGAAAUUGACCCAAUAUUCCAUCACAUCUGCUCGAGUCCAUUCGCAUCUGAACAGUGGCGAAUUAAUCUUACAGCUGGUCUUGCUGCUAAUUUGUCUAUUUAUACACGAAGAGACUAUCGUCGUUUUCUUUCUGCUCAUUUACAAUUUCUUCAAGGAUUAUGUCAGCUUUCCAUGAAUGCAGCAGACAAUUCGGUCAAUCAAUUUCUUACCUCAUUACUUGUCACUUCUGAACUUCUUUCAGAAAUAAAUUUUCAUCAAAAGCUUGAAUCAUUGAUCGAGCAGAGUAAAUCAAAUGCUCCUACAACAUUUCGUCAUCUUCUCUUCUUAAUUCAAACUAUCAAUCAUGGAAAUGCUUUCAUGUCAACUUAUGGAACAACUUUCGAAUAUAUUGUACCUAAAAAUGCAUCUACUGAAUCUUAUUUAUCGACUACAGCUCUAAUCUAUGAUGAUGAAUGUUCUUGUGGGUUAUAUUCAAAUUGUACAACACAAGCAAAUUUUAUCACAUUCAAUUCUUCUAGAAUAAUUCCAAUUCCAAUUAAAGGUUUAAAAAUAGGAUGUACACCAAGUGAAUCACUUCGUGCUUCGACUCUUGAAUGUUUCUAUGAUAGUUCAUGUAUUAAUCUCAUUCAUGAAUAUACUAAUUACAACAAUUCUCAUGAUCCUCUUUCUACAAUGAAGAGUCGUGUCUCGAUUAACACUACAAUAGCUGAACUUAUUGAUAAUCUAUUCAUUGAACAAUGGUCAACAAAGAUGAAUUAUACAUCUUAUUUUCAGCAAUGCUUACCAUCAUAUUGUUACUAUAUCAGCACUCAAAAAUUCAACUUCCUCGAUAUAAUCACUCUUUUACUUAGUCUUCAAGGUGGUCUCGCAAUCGUUCUUAAAUGGAUUUGCCCUAAAAUAGUUCGAAUUGCAUCUAAAAUAAAAGAUUAUCGAAAAAAGCGAGUGAAUACUGUUAACCCUGGCCGUGCUCUUGAAGAAACAUCUGAUGAUAUUUCUAACACACCCGUUGAUAAUGUUACUACUAAUUUAGAGACAAGUUCAACGCCUGAAACGUCUCCGACAAUUACUGGUAGAUCAGUUCGACGUACUUCCAAGAUCUUCUUUGGAUGUAUACUAUUGACUAGUGUAAUUGCAGCUUUGAUUAUUUCUUCAUUUUAUAUCGUGCGACAAGCUUCUUCGAUCAACAUGACAAAUGAUACUAAUUUGAACCCAACAACAAACACAACAAUGUCAACAUUUUCAAGUACAGCAACACCAAUUUGCCAAUUAGAAUUUCGAUCGAUAUCGAUGAACACAUCAAAUGUUUAUCUUGAUGCACAUGCAUUUGUUUUUGCUGAUUUUAAUAAUGAUAAUCGACUCGAUCUUGUGUUUUAUUCUGAAUUUUACACGACUCUGAAUCUACUGUUUGGGGAUGGUUAUGGAAAUUUUGGAGCAAAGAAUAUUAUUCCAAUGAAAAGUUUUAUUUCCUUAUCUCAUAUUGACGUUGGUGACUUCAAUAACGAUAAUCACUCGGAUCUCGUUUUAGUCAAUCACACCCAUAUUGGUAUACUCUUUGGAAAUGGCAACGGAGCUUUUGGAGCAGUUAUUAGAUUUGAACUGGGAGAGAAAUGCACGCCAGUUGACAUCACUGUGGCUGACUUCAAUCAUGACAAUUACUCAGAUAUCGCUGUCGUCAGUUUGUCCAAUAAUAAUAUUUGUGUGUUUCUAAAAAGUAACGACAAUUUUUCAUCGCCAUUUAUAUUCUCUACUGGACAUAAUAGUCAGCCUCGAGCAUUAAAUGUCGGUGACUUUAACAAUGAUGGUCACUUAGAUAUUGCUGUAACCAAUAAUAAUGCUGUGAAUGUUGGUGUAUUUAUUGGGUGCGGUAACGGAACUUUUGAAGUACAGAAACAAUCUUUUAAUUUCUUUGGUUCCGAUCCGAAUAAUCUAGCAGUCGGUGAUUUUGAUGGUGACACUCAUCCAGAUAUUGUUAUCUCCAAUCGUGAGGACAACAUAGUUUGUAUCUUAUCUGGAUAUAGUAAUGGGAGUUUUGGUAUCAGACAGAAGUUUUUUAUAAAAUCUGCAUUGAAAACACCUUCAGUUGCUGUAGGUGACUUUAACUGUGAUGGCCAUUUAGAUAUCGCUGUUGGAACGACUGGUCGAUGUGUCAUAGAUGCUUUAGUAGGAUAUGGAGAUGGUCAUUUUGAAACGCAAACAAUAUGUUCGAAUCACCAGACUGAUAAUGACAUUAGAAUCACUGUUCAUGAUUUUAAUGCUGAUACUUUUCAAGAUAUAGCUGUUAUAUAUCUUCGUACUGAUACGAUAGAUAUUCUUUUAAACGUAUGUGAAUGUUGCAUGUCUAAAAUUCUCAAGAAAAGCAACUCUAGUCUCCAAUAA